AUGGAGCAACGCGAGAGGGACGAGGGAGUACGCAGCGGCUACUAUGAGAGCGAGAGCGAUGAGUACGACCGAGGACGAGAACAAGGACGAGAACAUGGACGAGAACAGGGACGACAGCGACAGCGACGGUGCAGCUCGUUCGAUGGCAGGACAUAUCCCUUCCCGAGCCUGGUCGACUCUGGCCUGGCGAUUCCCAGCCCUGAGCACCCGGACAUGGCGACGGCGGUCUCUUCCCUGCCGCCAGAGCUGCGAAAUGCCACCGAGCUGGGCAUCAUGACGCCGGACUCUACGCGGUCGAGCUCGCCGCUGUCUGUGGCCUCGGACCUGGGCAUCGUCGUCUCGCGCCGCCAGACACGGGAGAGCGUCAUGACGACGGCCAGCAUGCAGCCGACAGGGCCCUUUCGAGGCCUCAAGCGCUUCUGGAUGGCCCAUAUCUCCGUCCGCGUCCCUCGCAAGCAGAACCGCGACCACUUCGCCCUUGAGCGAACCUACUUGGCGUACAUGCGGACAUCGCUCACCUUCGCGAUACUGGGCGUCCUCAUCGCGCAGCUCUUCAGUCUCAACCACGCCGUCGUCCACAACCCGCACUUUGGCUUUCACCACAUAGGCAAACCGCUGGCCUGCGUCUGCCACGUCCUCGCCAUCCUGGUCGCCCUGGCCGGAGCCUAUCGGUUCUGGCGGCAGCAGCAUGCCCUCGCGCGAGGCAAGGUGUAUGCCGGCGGCAGGGAGCUGAACUUCAUUGCAUUGGUGUCGGCAGGGAUCAUCCUGGUGAUAUUCGUCCUGGUUAUCAUGAUAAGCGCAAAACGGGACAACGAGGUCGGAUUCGAUUUUUAG